AUGACAGUCGGUGGAAAACAAUUUGCCUAUCGUCUGAAAACUUCAAGUGGACACGAUGUAAUUGAAACACUUGAUUAUGCUUGUUUGGCUAUAUCUGAAAAUCAAGUUCUAGGCAUCGUUGGACCAACAUUUUCGAGUGAAGCAAAGACAAUUGUAAGAUUCUCUAAUCGUAUAGGUAUUCCUGUCAUCGGUUACUCAGCUACAGAUCCAGCACUAUCAGAUCAUAAUGCAUAUCAAACAUUCUAUAGAAUGAUACCAUCUGAUAUUAUAAAUGCACAGGCAUUAUUUAAAUUGUUUCAGAAAUAUGAUUGGAACUCGACAAAUAUUAUAUAUCAAGGCGAUAAUUAUGGUCAAGGUGGACUUCAGACACUAGCUACUGUCUUUGCUAAGAAGAUCAAAAUAUUACGCAUAAUAAGAUAUGAUUUGUAUACAAAUAGUAUAGACGAUUUUCGACGUAAGUUAGAAGAAAGUCCCUCACGAAUUGUUAUUAUUUGGACAGAUGCAAAUGCAGCAACAAAAAUUAUAAACUUAGCAUUGAAAGCAGGAAAUAUUCUGGCGCCAUCAUUUCUUUGGAUUUUCACAGAUCUUGAUUCAAAUAUGAAAUUCAACGAUAAACAAUUAACGGGAAUGUUAUUGAUACGGCCGGUGACUCCACAAAUAUUUAAUGUAUCGACUAAUACAACAUUGUUGAAAGAUGCAGUUGAAAUCUGGAAAAACUAUGAUCCUCAGUCAUACCCUAAUGAUGAAACAAAAAUCGAUAGUUUUGCAUUAUACGCAUUUGACUCCGCAUGGUUAUUGAUCUUAGCCUUCCAAGAAGUUUGCCGAUCGAAAGCCAGUGGUUGUCUUGCAUUAGUGAACACUUCCUAUUGCUUUUCCAGCCGCCUAACCGACCAAAAGGAACUGCAUAAAGUCCUACGAAAAAUCGAUUUUCUUGGCGGUUCAGGACGUGUACAGUUCGAUGAGAAUGCAACUGAUCGGGUCACUAGAAGUGGCUCACAUUUUAUUAUUGACAAUUUACAACCUUCAGAAACGAAUACAAAUGAAUUACAUGCUGUGGAAGUAUUAAAACUGAGCGGCAAUACAAGUGACCUUAGUCGUAAUAGUACAACUCAAUGGAUGAAUACAGCCAAUCCAAUUCGAUGGCCCGGUGGUUCGAAUAUAAUGCAAGAUUAUGCGCUGUUGCGAGGUAAGUUGAUCGCCAUUGAGAGAGACACUAAUAAAGAACCGCAUGAAAGGGUACGAACUUUCCUCGAUUUCUUCGACUACUGAUUCACAUA